ACGACCAUCAAAAGAGAAUUUUCCCCAUCUAAGACUAAAUAUUCCACCCACUGCAAAGAUCGUCUUCAACAAGAACCUCCACACCCUUGAUUCUUUGCGCUUUUCUGAAUGUGAAUUUUUAUUUUUUCUUUUUGCUUUCUUUCGUGCUGGAUAAAUUAUUCUCCGUAUUCACGAAAAAAAAAAAUUAACGCAGCAAUUAAAGAGGCAUCUUACAUCGGGACAAUGGCUGAUGAUGAUGAUUUCACCUUUUGUCCUGCUGGGCCACCUCUAGAUGGUUUUGCAACUGAGAAAGCUUCUGAUGCUGUUAGUCAGAUUCGUAUAGAUGAUGGUGAGAAUACGGCGGAUAGGAGUAGUACGGAGAAUAGUGGUAGCAUAUGGAAAGUGAAUGCUUCCUCACAGAAGCAGGAAACUGUAGGCUCUCUCUCCUUUAAUGUGAUUGAUGCGUCGUCUCGUGGGGCAGGGCAGCAAUGGCCCAAACAACCUAUACAAGAUGGUGCUGGAAGUUCAGCUAAGGCUUCAGUGGAAUUGAAGGCUCCUUCCAGGAAGCCUGCAACCCGUAAUAAGGUUCCUUUUGAGAAGGGAUAUAGUCAGAUGGACUGGCUUAAGCUUACCAGAACACACCCUGACCUAGCAGGAUUGAAGGGACAGUCAAAUAAGAGACUCAUAUCACUAAAUGAAGUUAAACAACAUCAAUCUGAAGGCUCCAUGUGGACUGUUCUCAAAGGUCGUGUCUACAAUAUUGCACCAUAUAUGAAGUUCCAUCCUGGAGGUGUGGAUUACCUUAUGAAGGCUGUUGGAAAAGAUUGCACAUCUUUAUUCAACAAAUACCAUGCUUGGGUUAAUGCAGAGUUCUUGAUCGAGAAAUGCCUAGUUGGUAUUUUGGAUGAAGGAAAAUGAAGAUGCUCACGUUUUCACAAAAAGAAGCUUCAAUUCUCUGUAACCAUUCCGAUCUUGACAUCUCAUGCUUCCCACCUGGAAGUUUCACUUCUCUGAAGGCCUAUGUAUUUCGUUAAGUUCCAACGGAGCAAUAGAUAAUAUAUAAACAGAAAGAAAAAAAUGAAAUAAAGGAGGAAAAUGUAUCUGCCCAUCCUACCAAGCUGUAGAAUAAAUUCUUGAUGGUGACUGAGUUCAAUUUGGUUGUUAGUCCAUUACCUAUUCAUAGGUGAUUUUUGUGUAUUUGACAAUGUCUUGACAGUGAUUAUAUUCUUUUCCCAUGUGGUUCUUCACCUAAGUUUUAAGUGGUGGUAUUUAAUCUA